ACACGGCAUGUUGCCCUGGUCGCCACGGCGGUGGGGCACGGGCCCGGAAGAGGCACCCGAGGGACUAGGCCCCACCGCGGGCAGGGACCAGGGUGAGGCCUGGAGCUCUGGAGCGGACGCUCCCAGGGAGCUGGGGACACCCCCACAGGACAGACAUUCCUGGACCCAGAGAGAGCAGCUGCUGCUGCCCUGCCAUCCGCCAGGUCCGGCCACUGAGAAGCCCCUCGGAGCCCCAGUUCCCCUCCCCCCCCAGAUGGCCUGGGAGGAGGCCCCCUCGAGGAUGACCCCUCUAGCACCCUGGGACCCCAAGUACGAAGCCAAAGCAGGGCCUCGGCUGGUGUGGGGGGCCAACUGUAGCUCAGGAGCCUCCUUCUCAGGCCGGACGCUAUGUCACCCCUCGUUCUGGCCACUGUAUGAGGCAGCCUCAGGCAGGGGUCCCCAGCCCGUGGCCCCUGCCACAGGGCAUCAGAAUGGACAGCAGGCGCACCCAGAUGCAGGGUUCCCAGUGAUGUGCGGUGAAGACGUCUUCUUCUCAGACCCUCUGCUGCCCCAGGGACAGCGGGUCCCCUUGUACCUUUCUGAGGCCCCCAGCAGGUGAGAGCCCUUUCCCCUCCCAGCCUCCAGGCAGGCCUGGAAAGAAACACAUCCCAUUCUCUCUCCUCAGGUGAUGAGCUCCCUGAAGCUGCUGCCGCCACCCUCCAUAAUGUCCCCCUGGGUCUUCCCCAGCCUGUCACCCUCCCCAGGCUGCUCCACUGCCUGGCUCAGUGGGCCAGAGCUGAUAGCUCUCACCGGCCUGCUGCAGAUGAGCCAGGGGGAGCCCAGGCCCAGCUCCUCCAUGGCUGCCACACCCACUGCUGGCCCCCCAGACCCUGCCUCUGACCCAACCAGCCCCUGUGGUGGCUCCAGCAGUUCUCACGGUGCUGACCCCUCUCUCCCACAGACCCCAGACACCCAUUGUUCAUAGCCUUCUUGGAGCAGGGUGGGCUGGUUGUGCUGACAAUAAAAGUGUUGGUUUGCAAAACA